GCUCGAUUAAUCAAUGAUUUCUUACACCACUAGAUCAAGUCAAGUUCAUUUGCAAAUUGCAAUCCGCAACUCAAUCAACAAAGUCGACGACCGAGCGAGAUUCAUAUACAUACAUACAUAUUUGUGACUUCCCUAAAGUGAACAAUUUCUUACAACUUCAAUGGCGAAUUACGAAAUGGAGACCUCAUAUAAAGAAAUUAAAUUAUAUCAUAAGUGGACUGCUCCAAAUAUAUUUUACUUUGAAUACAGCAAAGAUUUUAAGGGAUUCACCUCAAAGGUGAUUCGUGAUUCCAAUUAUGGCUAUUGUUUUCAGUUACAGUUACAGCCAUCAGGCAUAGAUAUUCCAAGAGAAGGUUUACUAUCCGUACAUUGUAUAAAAAAAGGAAAAUAUAGCGGAUAUUACGAUGUACAAAUUUAUAUAUCAGGCCGUAGUUACCCGCUAGUUGCGGCAUUAAUACCAAAUACAGUGAAAGUAAAAUUAUCACUCGAGUCGGAGGUAAAGUUAAUAAUUGAAUGUUAUAUAACGAUUGCAAUGCUCGAAGCACCCAGCCUACAGUUGGUGAAAGUACCCGAAAGUCAAUUAUCGGAACAUAUUGGCGCUUUAUUUAAUACCACUGAAUACUCCGAUGUGACCAUUAUAACUGCCGAUUUGUGUGAGAUAUCUGCUCACAAGAUUAUAUUAUCCGCACGCAGCAAGGUUUUUGCGGACAUGUUAAGCGGGGAGAGUCAGGCCAAUCGUGUAAUCAUUGAUGAUUUCUGCGGUGAAGUUGUGGAGGAGCUGUUGCGUUUUAUUUACACGGGAGUUGCACCGAACUUGGACUUCGAUAAGGCCAAAGAUCUACUGGCAGCUGCGGACAAGUAUGACAUUAAAAGACUUAAGGCACUGUGCCUGAAUUACUUGUUCGAUCAUUUAUCCAUUAAAACUGUGGCAAUGACGUUCAAUUUAGCCCAUAAAUACAAUGAAAAAGGGCUGCUAUCGGCGACAGUCGAAUACAUAAAAAGGAAUUAUAAAGAUGUUAAGGGUACAGAAGAAUGGCAGAAUAUAGUUCAAAUGAAUCCCGUUCAGCUAAUGGAUAUUUUCCUGGAGUUUUAAGAACUUAAUGUGAAUACUUGGGAUGCAUGAAAAUCUAGCACAACCAAUUCUGAAGUAACUAAAUAAUUUCAUUAUAUACAUACAUACAUACAUAUAUUCCUUUGCUUAAUGCUCUAAAAACAAUGUUGAAGUUUACAGCUAUAAAUAAUGGAUUCUUGUUAAAUUUAACUGUUUAUGUUUUUAUUGCUUAUCUGUAUUUGUUGCUUUAGCAAUUGAAAUAUAUACGAAAUAUAUAUAUCUUAAACUUGUAUUGUUAAAUUUAAAUGCUUAUGUUGUUAUUGCAUAUCUGUAUUUGCUGCCUUAGCAAUUAAAAUACAUACAUACGAAAUAUAUAACUCUUAAACUUG